GUUAAAAUAAAAGUGCCUGGGAACAAUGUAAUUUAUUUUCGCAAAUCUAAUAUUUUCAUCUUCCAAUUGUGAGAAUAUCAUCCAAGUGCUAAUAUUUUGACCGCAACUGUUAUUUUUUUGCCUGCCACUGACUCACGUUUCAUUGAUAAGACGAAGAAAUACGGGGAGAGAGGGGAAAAGAAGCUAGAAGAAGAAUAUAGGAAAAGGAUUGCGGAAUGUCCCAAAAUAAACAAACAAUAAAUCGCCUUAUCAGCUCUAUAAAAUCUUAUUUGUGUUUUUCUCUAGUUUGCAAAAAUUUAAACGAUAACAAAAAUAUACAAAAGGAGGAAAUCAACAAUAAUUUGUAAAAAAAAAAUCCAGGAAAACAUCAAGAAAAUUAUAAUCAUCCUGUGUUUUUGAUGACCUCCGUUUACCCUUCGAUCGAUCGGCAAGGAGAUUCCGUAGCAUCGGUACUAUGGUAAUAUCGAUCGGUACGAUGGGCCUCGUUGGGCCGCAGCCACAUCGAAAAUUUGCAACGUAUCGCAGGCUGUAAAGGAAAAUUCCCUCCCCUCCACACACACACACAGAGACAGAGGAAAAAACAAAACUGCAAAUCGAAAUUGCAGAUAGAGGAUAAGAGAUAUUUAGCCGAUAGAAGAGGAAAACCAGGGGUGAAGCACCACCCCCACCCACCGUCACACAAAUGAGGGUGCCACCAACAACAGGUUGACCACCAAAAAAAAAAACAGAAAAAAAAGAGUAGAGAGUAAAUAAAAAAUAACAAACAAAAUAACAUAGUAAUAAAAAAAGCCAACCGCACGACAAAUAGAAAAGGCAACAACAACAGAAACCACCAAGCCACAAAGCCAGCCACCGAAGGAGAUAGAGCGCCUAAAACAAAGCGAGAGAGUGUGUAAACAGAAGAGGCGAAAUACGAAAUACGAAAUACAAAAUACAAAAUACGAAAAGCAGUAGGAAAACCCCCCCUGGAAAACCACUAGAGGCCCCCGCUACAAAAUGUUACAAAACUCGAACGCCGCUGCCGCUGCGCAGGCGGCCUCAGCGGCUUCAGCGGUGGCAGCAGCAGCGGCCAACAAUGCGGCACUGGCGGCCUCCUCCAUCCAGCCCAAGCUCAUCGUCAUCCGCCGGCGACCGAACCAGGGAUUCGGCUUCACGCUGCGCCACUUCAUCGCCUAUCCGCCGGAAGAUGACCAGUCAUCGGCAACGGCGGCAUCGGCAUCGGUAUCGGUAUCGGGCAACUGGCCACAGGAAGCCUCCAGUAUGGCCGGCAGCAGCAGCGGCAGCAGCAGCAGCGUCGCCGUCGCCGGGAUCACCGGUUUGGAGCCAACGUCACCGACGUCGCUGCCGCCGUACCAAGUGAAAGCGAUGGAGACCAUUUUCAUCAAAGAGGUGCAGGCGAACGGACCGGCCCACUACGCCAACCUGCAGACGGGCGACCGCGUGCUGAUGGUCAACAACCAGCCGAUCGCUGGCAUCGCCUACAGCACCAUCGUCUCGAUGAUCAAGCAGACGCCGUCGGUCCUCACGCUGCACGUGGUGCCCAAGGAGUGCGAUGUCCUGCAGAUGCACUAUACGAGCAUUGCCCACACGCCGGAGUCGAAUCGCCUGACCAUGUCGACGCACUCGCCCUCGCUGCUGGCCAACGGCUCCCACAAGACCACAUUUCCAGCAGCAACAGCAGCAGCAGUUCCAGCGCCACCGCAGCAGCAGCAGCAGCAACAGUUGAUCUCAUAUCCCGCUGUUGCAGCCGUGACCACAUCAUCGCCGGCAGGAUCGCCGCACUCGCAAUCGCAUCCCAACUCCCAUCAUGCGCCCUCCCUGCACGGAGGCAGUCGAUCGGGCAGCAUCACCAGCACGGCCAGCGGAGGCAUCACCAUCCUGAGUCACCAGUUCUACCCACAGCAGCAGCAGCAACAGCAGCAGCAGCAACAACAUCGUCAUCCAGCGCUGACUGGCGGCAGCAGCAGCAUCGAUUUCGGGGACAUGGCACAUGGACUGCGGCAACAUCAGCAGCAGCAGCAGCAACAGCAGCAGCAACAUCUCUACCAGCAGCAGCAACAUCAUCAUCAGUUCAUGCGUGCCAAUCAGCCGCCAAAUUUAACAGUAUUAUCGGCCAGCUCGGCAACGAACACGCCCACACCCACGCCCACUGCCCGCCAGCCGAAAUCGGCGACGGUUCUCAGCCAGGCGUUGUAUGCGGGGGUGGGAGUUGGCGCGGGUCCCAGUUCAGCCGGCGGAUCUGGAUCGGGAUCGGGAUCCCUUUCGGGGGGCAGCGAGAACAGCGACCUGAUGAUCCGACUGCGCGAAUCGAUCAAGCAGAAGGAGGAGUUCCUCAAGUCGCCGGUGCCAGCCUCCCUUUCAUCCUCCAACUCCGCUUCCUCCUCGACCAAUGGCAACCAGGCGCCGCAAUCCUCCUCGUCGCCGGCACAGCAGCAGCAGCAGCAGCAGCACUUCUUUCCCUCGCACACGCCGCCAAGUGGAGUUGGUGUCCAAGUAAUGGUGCCACCGCCACGCAGUCGCCACCAAGUGAUGUUAAAGCAGCAACAGCAGCAGCAACAACAUCAUGUCCUUGGCUAUGAUAUGUACUAUUCCGGUGGCAAGCUAGUGCAGCGAUCUUCCACGGCUCCCGGAAGUGUGAGCCACCACCAGCAGCAGCAAAUUCAUCAUCACCAGCAGAUCCAACAGCAGCAGCAGCAGCAACAUCGCAACCAGGUGAUGAUCAACAACAAUGCCAAGUAUGCCAAGGAUCUGGACUAUUUUGAGACGCUGCAGGAGACGGGAGUCACCAAUAAGGUUUUCGAGCGCAAACUGGUGUCGCACAUGUCCAAGGGCUUUGAUCCCUUCAAGCCGCUGUCGAUCAACACCAGCGCCAUGGAGUCCUCGGCCAGCACAUCGAGCAGCUCCACGGUCACCUCGACGGUGAAGAAGCAGAGCGUGCUGUACGAGUCCCUGCAGCAGCAUCCGCUGGCCAAGUACCAUCAGACGCAGCAUCAGCAUCAGACGGCAACGACGACGGUGGACGGGCAGACGAGCAGUCGGAUGGAGCUGCACAAGGCGACGCUGGCGAAUGCCACCAUCGAUCCAAUGCCACCAUCGUUGCCGCCGGUGGCACCCAGCAGCACGGCGGCCAUUGUGGACUGUGCGGUUGUGGGAAGCGGCAACGUUGUGCGGCGCUACAAACCUCUGUCAUCCAGCUCCUUUGACGAAGGCAAACCGAUGCGCAGGAUCUCCUAUCUGCGGGCCACCAACAAUGAGGCCGAUUUCAAUGCGGCGGAGGCAGCAGCAGUUGCAGCAGCAGGAGGCGGCGGAGGAGAUGCAGCAGCUCCUCCAGCGGCUUCUUCAUCUGCUCCAGCACCCACUCCCGCACCCUCCGCACCCGCACCCCUGCCCAUUUCGAUCCCCAUUCCGGUGGCUGCUGUCGUGGAGCCGCAGAAGACGAAAUCCCUGGUGGAGGAGCAUCCGGAUCCCACCUACGAUGUGAUCGGCGGCACUGGCGGCGGUCACGAGUUCAUCGAGACGCCCAACGGCCUGGAGGAUGUGCGUCUGUCGGCCCACGGGAGUCGCAGGGCCUCCAUGAGCAGCGACAUGCGCAGCAGCAUCCACAUUGAUGCCGAGUUGAAUGGCAAGUAUGUGCCCAACGAACUGGAGGCCUUCGAAACGGAGAUCGAGAUCAAGUCCUCCUGCAUCAACGGAAAGCGCAUGUCCGAGUACCGAUCGUGGCGUCAGGUGAAGCUGGAGAUCAAGGGCGAUUUGCUGCGCAUCUACUCAGGCCGCCAUGCCAAAUCGGAGCACAAUGUGAUAGAACUCGAUAUUAGAAACUUUAAGUUCUUCGACGAGUCGCUGGAUAAGAAGAAGUACUUGAUUCGCAUGCAGUCGAAGCCAUCGCCCAGUGGCGCCCACUUGGCCACGCUGGGCAACGAGUUGAAUUUGGAUGAGGCAUCUGCUGCUGGUAAUCACGACAAGCUGCUGACCUCCUCGGGCAGCAGCGGUGUAAACGAAGCCACUCAGCAGCAGCAACAGGCGGCGACGAACUCAUCAUCAGCCCUCACCGCAUCCACCUCCUCGUCCACCUGCAGCAGCGGCGGUCCCUACACGGAGAUCCUCUUCAAGACCAAGAGCAGCAACGAGAUGAAACGUCUGUUUGGCCUGCUGCAGUGGAAGGACAGCCUCAACUACGAUGAUAAUGAGCAUCAGCAACAGGGAAAACAACUGGCGGAGCCACAGAAGACAGCGGCCAGUGCCAGCUAUCUGGACGAUGUCCAGGGUGGCGGAGGAACAGCAGCUGCCGGAGCAGCGGACAGCUCUCCGCUGAGCUCCCAUUCGGGUGGGAUUACAGAUCAUCAUCAUGUCUCGGCUCUGCCAGCGGCUGCGGCCAUUGUGGCCGCCACCAGCGACUCCAUAUCGCCGGUGAUGAAGGCCAGGAAGUCGUCGUCGCACAAGCAUAUACCCGACAAGGAUUUGGGCUCGCCAAAGUCGAAGAACUGGAAGGAUUUGCUCUUCCGCCGCGGCGGCAGUGGCAGUGGCACUAGCGGAGGAGUCUCUCAUCACGACCUCGCCUCGCCAUCCUCGUGUGCGGCCAAGCAGAUCGGCUCCAUUGGCGUUCCCCUGCGCAGCUGCCCCAUGUCGAAGGUGAAUGCCUGCGUGCCGCAUCUCGUGGAGGUGUGCACGAACAUUGUGGAGACCAAGGGCCUGGGCGUGGUGGGCAUCUAUCGCAUACCCGGCAACAAGGCGGCCAUUUCGGAGCUCUCCGAGCUGGUCAACACCAAGGAUUUCCAGUUCGAGAGCUGCGCGAGUGACGAUCGCUGGGAGGAUGUGAAUGUGGUGAGCAGUCUGCUCAAGCUGUUCAUUCGCAGCCUGCCGGAUGCUUUGAUGCCGGCUAGCUACUACAUUAAUUUCAUCGAGGCGGACAAGAAGUUCGGCCUGGAGAGGAUUGUGCUGCUGCGCGAGAUUGUGGAGUCGCUGCCGCGUCAUCCGUACGAGACCAUGAAGCAUUUGAUACGGCAUCUGUGCCGCGUUAGCGGAAAUUGUGAGGUCAAUCGCAUGGAGCCCAAGAACCUGGCCAUCAUCUUUGGGCCCUCGAUCAUCCGGACGCCGAACGACACGCUGGAGACGGCGGUCAAGGAUAUGAAGCAUCAGUGCCGCAUCGUUGAGCUGCUGGUCACGCAGUACGACUACUUCUUUGAGGGUGGCAGUCUGCCGGAUUUGGCGGAGGUGAGCGGCGGUACGGCCGCCGUGAAUGCCGCCCAGCCGCAGCAGCAGACGCAGGAGGAUCAGACGAGCAUGCUGCUGCAUAAUCUCUCGAAGAUCGAGCGGAUCACCGAGCGGGAGACGACGCGCACGUCGCGCUUCAUGCCGCAGCUGAGGCGCAAGACGCAUGGCAAGCGGAGCGCCGUAAACUCGGACACGUACUCCGGCGAGAGUGUUCUGGUAAGCGGGAGCUCCUCCUCCAACAACACAAGCACCACCACCCACACCAGUAGUAGCACAAGUAGUAGCAACACCAUCACCACAACCAUCAGCACCACCACCAUCCAGCAGCGACGGGCGCAGCGCAAGGCUGUGCAGAGCAUUUGCGACCAGGCUCUAAUCCUGCUCCUGCCCACACCCCCCUCCUCCGUCUCUCUUCCCUUUCAGUCGCUGGACUACGCCAAGGUAUCGACCUCCGCCUCGGCAUCCGCCAGCAGUACCGCCAGUACCUCGAGCAGCUGCAAGGUGGCCUCCGCAUCCGCCUCCGCUUCGUCCUCGUCGAGUUCCACCACCAAGUUCAGCUCCUCGUCGUCGUCGGCCUCCUCGACCACGGCGGUGGCCGUUUCCUCAUCCAUCUCGUCCACAUCCUCCAAGUUGUUGAGUGCCAACUUCAAGAAGCGCAGCACUGGAGGAUUUCUGGGUUCGAGAUCAUCGCACCAGACGACGCGCAAGGCGAGCCUGGAUGAGAAGGACUCGGGUCAGUCGUCGGGCAGUCUGGGCCACAGCCUGGGCGUGGGCCUGAAUCUGGCCAAGGAGCAGCAGCGCAGCAGCGUGGACAUAUCCAUACUGCUGACGGACGACGACUCCAGCAGCAGGCUCAGCGAUACGGGUUCCAUGUCGCUGACCACCAUCACAGACACGCUGGACAGCAAGCUGCGCAAUUUGAGGAGCGGCUCUGAAUCGAACGACGAGAACGGAUCGCCCGAGUUCCCCAAGAACCGGCGGCACACCCUCGGCCAGCCGCUGCACCUGCACUCCGAGAACAUUCCGUAUGCGGACGAGUCGCCCGAGCGGCUCUUCCAUCAGUUUUGCAAUCCCCUCGACGCACCACCGCUGUCGCUCCAUCUGAGUCGCUCCUGCACGGCCACCAAUACAAUUGGCGAUGAGAAGCCAUCGAAGCAGUCGGGCAGCGUUGCUCCUUUGCCGCCCAGUCUGCUGAAGGCGGCCCACAAGCUGCAGCACUCGGCCACGGUGCCCAUACAUCAGGGUAGCUCCACGGCACCCACGAGUGGAGCGGCCACGCCCGUUGGCACGCCCACUGGGAGCAGUGGCGUCGUCGUCGUCGGCGCCAUUCCCUCGCGCAGCUCCUCGAGCAGCGUGACCACGCUAACCAAGAGCAUACAUCCCAGAUUCAGUAACUAUUUGAGCUACGAGAGGAGCAGCGCAGCGGCAGCUGGUGGAGGAACCUCUACUGGAUCCGCAGGAGGAGCUGCCUCCGAGGACGAUUCCGAGGGCUCGACCACCAGUGAUCCCAAGGAGAAGCUGCUGCUCGGCGAACGACCCUCGCCGUCGUUUUUUCUCGAGCGCUACAACAAGAAGAGACGCGAUCAUCGGUUAUUUCGGAGUGCCAGCUUCAAUUGCCGCAACUACUCCACCAGGCACAUGACGAGCACACAACCAGCGGGAGUAGCCAGUGGAGUAGCUGUAGUAGUGGGCGCGGCCUGCUGCCAGGCACUGAGUGCCGCCACCGGGCUGACCAAGGACGAGAAGACUGACAUGAACCUGACCAAGAAGCGCCAGAUCCAGAACAAGCAGAAUCGUUCGAUUAAGCGACGCCACACGGUCGGUGGUCCGCACGACUAUUCGGCCAGCAAUGGCAGCUGCUCGAAUCAUGCGCACGGUCAUGAUUUGGCGGCCAUAAACUACAAUCACCACAAUCGCCAUCAUCAGCAGCAGCUGCUGAAGCUGGGCAGCGCCUCGUCCGCCGGCGGAGGCAGUGUGGCGGCGGCGGCCGAGACGACGACGACCACAACGACCACCACCACGGUGCUGCGGCGAUUGGGAGGAACAGCGGCGACUGGGCAGGCUGGCGGCGAGGCGAGUGUGGCCCUGCCAGGAUCUAGUUCGGGAUCGAGCAGCAAUAAUAAUAACUCGCCGCAAAGCGAUGGAAGUAAUGGAAAUGGCGGAGCAGCUGGAGUUCCCUCGAGUGUCCAACCAACUGGGGUCACCAACAGCAGCGGCAGCAACAGCGGCAGCAGCAGCAACAGCAGCAGCAACAGCACCACGCCCGCCGGCAACGGAGAUCAGGUGUUGGAGGUGGGCAUACGCAUCAAGAACAUCAACCGAGGACGCUUCUAAAGAAAAGGAUCUCUGUAAAUCUGUAAAAUCACAUAUAUCAAAAGUGCAGAUUGCUGCAGUGAAACCUCAACCUAAACCUAAAAUAGCAGUUGCUUAACAAGCACAGUUUACACGAGUAUUAACAGGGUUUAAUAUGAGAAACAAAGGCAUAGGAUGAAGUUAUUUAACAAUAGUCUGUUAAACACACAAAUGCUAAACACACAUUUUAAAAACAAAAGUUUAAAUGAAUGUUAACCUGAGUAAAGUUGCUAAACAAAAAAAAACAGGAGUCGUUGUAGUAAGAAGAAUUUGAAGAUUUCCAUGUAGCAAUGUCAAAGAAUUUGAUUUAAGCUACUAGAAAAUGCGCAAAAAAUACUCUAACCUACUUCGAUUCUGUAAAAAAUAGUCACCAUAAUCUAUAUUACUAUAUAUCUAUUUCAACGUACAGUUGCAAAGUUGAGUCCGAAUUGGGUUUUAAAAGUUAACCAAAAGGAAUGUAGGAAGCGAUUUGAUUGCAAAACAAAUCAGCAGAGCAGUUAAAAUACGUAUUAUCACAUAUUCUAUCACGAUAUAUUAUAUAUUCAUGUGCAGCAGAUCCCAGGGAGUUGUGUUGUAAGCCUAAAAACUGUCAAACGACAUUGAAUAUUCAUAAAAAAAAAACCCAAGCAGACAAACAGUAAUAAAGAUACAUCCGAGAUUGAAACGCUAAA